AUGGCGUAUGCAAGUGAUGAGAGUAUGUUCGAGUAUCUAAAUGUUGUCAGCAAGAUGUUUGAUAGUGAGGCUGAAGGCUAUGAAUUCUACAACAAAUAUGCUCUUGAAAAAGGUUUUAGUGUGAGGAGAAGCUACGUUGAGAGACAAUCAGUGCCGGUGAUGCACAUGAUGGCGAGGCGAGAGCGAGAUGUGGAUUUUUUCUUCAAGUACUUGGUAGACAAGCAUGGCCAUCUGAAGGGACUGUUCUGGGCUGAUAGUCAAUCGCGACUUGACUACGAGGCUUUCGGAGACGUGAUUGUUUUCGAUAGCACAUACAGAACCAACAAAUACAAUCUGCCAUUCGUGCCGUUUGUCGGGUUGAAUCACCACCGCAACACUGUUAUUUUUGGCUGUGGUAUAAUUUCUCAUGAAACAAGCCAAGCAUACGAGUGGAUGUUGCGGACCUUUUCUGAUUGCAUGGCACAGAAGCAUCCGAUAUCUGUGAUCACAGAUGGGGACCUUGCAAUGCAGAGAGCAAUCAGGGUGGUCUGGCCAGACUCAAACCAUAGACUAUGUAUAUGGCACAUUCAGCAGAACAUUGUACGCCAUCUGCAUGAUGACGACGUAAAGGAGGAAUUCAGAUCUUUCAUUUAUGAUACUUCUUCCAUUGAAGAGCAUGAGAUAGAAUGGAUACACUUCUUACAACGGAAUAAAGUAACCAGUGAGGAGUCUUGGCUGCAUCAGAUGUAUCAGAUGAGAAAGUUGUGGUGUGCUCCAUAUCUUGAGGGGCGUUGUUUCCUAGGAUUGAGCAGCAAUCAGAGGAGUGAGAGCUUGAACUCUGUGCUACAUACACAUCUUGAGGGUAAGAUGUCGUUGUUUGAAAUGCUAGAGCACUAUGAGCGUUGCCUUGCGUCGCGACGGAUUAACGAAGCUCUCCAAGACGUCGAAGCCUUGCAGUCCGUUCCAUUUACAGAGGAAAAUGCUUCGCCGCUUGAGAAACACGCCGCAACAGUUUUCACACCUAGUGUCUUUAAGAUGGUCUUAUGGAGCAUAGAUGCUGUCAGCAAAUGUCAGAUCAGAGAGAUACUAGAUGGAUCAGAAGAUUCCACUUAUGUUGUGUCCAAGCAGGAAAGAAUGGAUAAAAAGUUUGGAGUGCGCAUUGAAGAGCAAGGAGGUCUUCUGCACAGGAGGUACCGCGAGUUGCGGAAUUGUAGUCACGCCGCAAGUUUCAAGGCAUGCCACUCUGAUGAGGACUAUCACCGUCUAAAGAUGCUUUUGGAAGCACAACAUCAUGGCAAGCAAUCAAGUUUUGAACAAGCUGACAGCAAGGAGUCAACUAAUGCUCAGCAUAACAGCAUUAGGUUUGGCCCGUUGAUGCCGCACUCGGAGAAAGUUGAUAAGGUUCUGGAUCCCGUGCAUGUGCCAGGCCGAGGUGCACCGAAGAAAAGGCUGCAGGCAAAGACAAAGAAGUCAAGAUCACAGAAUAUGUGUGGCUAUUGCAAGAAUCCUGGUCACAAUCGACGUAAAUGCGCUAAAUUGCUAGAGGAUCUCGAGGCUGAACUGUGA